UCCUCCUCCUCUUCUUCUCCUCCCUCGCCUGUUAUCUCCUUCCCCCCCUCCUGCUCCUCCUCUCCCUCCUCCUCCCUCUCCCCUUGACAACCCCUCGUCGGACUGACUCUUCAUUCCGUUGAGUUUCUGAAAUGUCCGCUGUCAACGGGAGCUUUGUCUCCCCUUCGGCUGAUGCCGUUGUCUCCCCUCAACUCUUUGAGCCCUCCGGUCUGGUCGCGUCCCUGGUCGGCGGCCUCAAUGUCUGGAAGGCCAUCGUGACUUUGUUCCUGGGUGCCAUCAUCUAUGACCAGCUGCGUUAUUUUUGGCUCAAAGGAUCAAUCAUUGGUCCGACAUGGAAGUUGCCCUUCAUGGGACCGUUCCUGGAAUCGGUCAACCCGAAAUUCCACGAGUAUAAGGCGAAAUGGGACAGUGCAGAGUUGAGCUGUGUUUCCGUCUUCCACAAGUUCGUCGUCAUUGCCUCUUCCCGUGACAUGUCUCGCAAGAUCUUCAACUCCCCCGCCUACGUCAAGCCGUGUGUUGUCGAUGUUGCGCACAAGCUCCUCGGCAAGACCAACUGGGUCUUCUUGGACGGCAAGGAACACGUCGAAUACCGCAAGGGUCUGAAUGGCCUGUUUACGCGUCAGGCGCUGUCCUGCUACUUGCCCCGCAUGGACGAGGUCUACAACGACUACUUCAAGCGCUUCCUCGAUGUCUCCAAGGCCCACCAGCACAAGCCCGUCCCGUUCAUGCCCGAGUUCCGCGAACUCAUGUGUGCCGUCUCCUGCCGCACCUUCGUCGGUCACUACAUCAGCGAGGAGGCCGUCCAGAAGAUCGCCGAUGACUACUACAUGAUCACCGCCGCCCUGGAACUGGUCAACUUCCCCUUCAUCCUGCCCUUCACCAAGGCCUGGUACGGCAAGAAGGCCUCCGACAUGGUCCUGGAGGAGUUCUCCAACUGUGCCGCCAAGAGCAAGGCCCGCAUGGCGGCCGGCGGCGAGGUCUCGUGCAUCAUGGACGCCUGGGUCAAGUCCCAGCAGGAUUCGGCCCGCUACCGCGAGAAGCUCGCCAAGGGGAUCCCCGCCGAGGAGAACGAGAAGCCCGCGCAGCUCCUGCGCGACUUCAGCGACUUUGAGAUUGCCCAGACCAUCUUCACCUUCCUGUUCGCGUCCCAGGACGCCACCAGCGCCGCGUCCACCUGGCUGUUCCAGCUCAUGGCCGACCGCCCCGACGUUCUGGACAAGGUCCGCGAGGAGAACAUGCGCGCGCGCAACGGCGACCUCCAGGCGCCGCUGACCAUGGAGCUGCUCGACAGCCUGCAGUACACCAAGGCCGUGGUCAAGGAGACCCUCCGGUACCGCCCGCCCGUGAUCAUGGUCCCCUACCUGGUCAAGAAGGAUUUCCCCAUCACCGAGAAGAUCACCGUCUCCAAGGGCUCGAUGAUCAUCCCGUCGGUGUGGCCCGCCACGCACGACGAGGACGCCUACCCCAACGCCGACUCGUUCGACCCGGACCGCUGGAUCACUGGUACGGCCGAGCAGCACCCCAAGAACUGGCUGGUGUUUGGCACGGGGCCGCACUACUGCCUGGGUCAGACCUACGCCACGCUGAACCUGAUGGCGAUGAUCGGCAAGGCCAGUUUGGAGAUGGACUGGGAGCACACCCCGACGCCUUUGUCGGAGGAGAUCAAGGUGUUUGCCACGAUUUUCCCUCAGGAUGACUGCCUGCUGACCUUCCGCCCUCGCGCCUAAACAUUUACAAUUCUUCGAAACAAGAAAGAAAAAAGAAA